AUGUUUGGUUGGAUACUUCACGGACGGCUCAUUAAGGGUGGCAAUUACUCAGCCUCAAUCAACUACAUCUCGUGGCCAGAUAGUCCCAUAGGAGACGACCUGGAGCGGCUAUACAACCACGAGUUCGGGGACCUGGCAGAUGACCCGGUGUCUAUGUCGAGGGAAGACCGAGCAGCCCUGGCUGUCAUAACCGAAAUGACACGACACAACGGAACUCAGUUUGAAGUGCCGUUACCUUGGCAAACAGGAUCCAAUCGACUGCCCAUUUAUCGAGAAAUAGCCCUCCAUAGGCUCAAAUAUCUGAAGAGACGAUUGAUAAAGAACGCACAGUUGAAAGAAGCCUAUUGUAAAGCCAUGAAACAAAAUCAAGAGUUGGGCUAUAUCGAACACGCAGUGGGAGAAAUUUCAACUGUCCUUUAA